AUGCCUGAGGUAGAAUCAGAAAGAGAGGAAAAUGCAGAGAAAGAAGAAGAAGAUGGUGACGACAUGGAUGAAGACGAAGCACCCAAUAACCAACCAUCUAAUGCUGGAGAUCACGAGGGUAAUAGUGGGACUUCAGCUAGCAGGGAAGGCUUCAAUAUUGUGAUACUGUUAACUGACCCAGGACUGCUUGAUUGCCCAAUUUUCUUUGAACCCUUGACCGUGCCUGUCUUUCAGUGUGAUCAAAAUGGGCAUAUAGCUUGCUUCUUGUGCUGCACCAAAAUUAAUAACAAAUGCCCCUCUUGUUCCGGCCCCAUUCGCUCUAAUCGUUUCCGGGCCAUCGAGAAAGUUCUGGAAUCAAGUACAACUCCAUGCCAAAAUAUCAAGUAUGGCUGCAAUACUCCGGUGACUUACAACAAGAAGAAUGAACAUGAGAAGACGUGUGUAUUUUCGCCUUGCUCAUGCCCUUAUGUAGGCUGCAAUUUUGUAUCUUCAACCAAGGAGUUAUACCAACACUUCAAUAAUGAUCAUUUGGAUUCGGCAACAGGUUUCCUGUAUGACUUGAGCUUGAUUUCAGUUUCCCAGUUACAUUGA